GAUUCCCAACCGUGGCCUCUCAUCCAAUCACCGCCCCCCCUUCGUAUAUCAAGCAUCCAGUCCCCCGCCAAAAGCUCCACAUAUUUUCUUCCUCAGCGCUUAAGUCCGUCCCCCAUUGCCUCAGCACCAAUCAAUAAGAUAAGCAUCCACUCGUAAAAGCAUGCCACCGACCCACACAGCACACCCUUAUCCGUCCCCUGUCCCUGUCUCCCUCCAAUCAACCAUGCUGAGGUUCCCCAUUCAUCCAAACUCUCCGAUUCUGGCGGCGCUUAAAUCCCUGACUUUUGCAAUCGGUCUUCCAAUUUCACUUCUUGUGUAUCCAAUAGCUCAUCCGAGCUGGGAGAUGCCACAGACAAGUCGGUCGGUCUUUUCCCGCUCCCCGUUAGUGGGUCGAUGCUGCUUUGUGCUGCUCUUCCUGAAUGCCGUUUCGUUUGUCUGUUUGGUUUGCGCUCAUCCAUCGACGGUUCAAAAUAGAAAUCUUCGUGCCGCAUACGAUGAUGUCCGUAGGGAGGGAUGUCAUACAGUACAGUGAGACACGAUUGUCUAAUUUUGGUACAUGUAACCUCUCUGAACAUCCCCCUCAGUUCCAGAACGUCAGUUAUCAUGGGAGGAGUAUACGAAUGCUACAAAGCCGUCGAUGUGUGUUUCUCCUCACGACAAUAAUAGCUAUGGAUCCAUCACGGAGUCUGGGUAGGAAGAUUAUGCUUAUUUUCCCCCUCCCUCGAAGCCGAGCAGCCUACGAAUCGGGGUGUGUAUUCCGUAGGGGAGUUCUCAACGUUCCAUGUGCUUAUUACACUGCUUCUAUUGUACACCUAGGCAGCUUACAGUCUAGAAAGGCAGGGAGUUAUCGAUAGCACCUUAAUCAGCCGUGCCA